CAACUUUUUAAAACCCAACUUUUAAAGACCCAACUGUUUCAGACCCAGCUUUCCCAGACCAACAUUUUCCGACCCAACACAUUACCAAAACACUCAUCCUUUUGUUGUGGUUUUCCCAGGCCUUAUCGCCAAUAUGAUUUAUGAUUUUGACCUCUACAAUCAUCCGGAAUCGUUCACCCAUGUGAAGAACGAAUUAAAGACACUUAACGCACAGAUAAGGAUCGUUGAAGGGCUCGAGCACGCUAAAGCCCGUCUUGCGGCAACACGUUCCCGUUCAUUGGAGUCCAAUACUCUAUCGAAGUGUAAUGUGUUCAUGCAUUAUGUCAAUAAAAGUGCCGCUGGUAGUAAUUUCGACCUGGAGAUCCGUAAGCUGAAUUUGAACGAGUUAGCUUUCUGCUCUAUCAGUUUUGAAGACAGACGCCUCAAAUCCGUGAUUCACCAUUUCAAAGCGGCGAAUAUCCGGACGUAUAUGACAACAACACGCAUCUCAUGCCUCGAUCGGCCAGAAAUCUUCACACGACUAAAGCGCUUAUCCGCUGAAUCUGAGGGGAAACCAUUCCAGGAGAUCUACUCGUCUGUCUAUGCAUUACACAAAGAGUCGUUGCAGAAAGGCUCCAUGCAAUUGGAUGAGCAGAUGGAUGAUGGUACGGAUUGUGAUUGCCCUUACACAGAAGCACUGCUUGCCCUAACUGACUACUCCCUUAGAGACUUUACUAGAUCCCGAACCUGACACAAUGGCUAAACAGCCUGGCGCCUUUGAAUUCCCCACGGCGCGGUGGAAGAAUAUUGAAAAAGUGUUUCCAGUACAAGCUGCAGACGCUAUCCGCCACGCGCCCCAGCGUAUAUUAGAUCCAGAAAUAACAGAUUGUGUGCGAUCAAGAUUCCCUAGGGGCCGGAGUGAUGGCGAUGCAAUCAUCUGGUUGGAUAUCGGGUCUGUUGGAACGCUGCCAUUGCUGCAUAACUC